UCAGACUGCAUUCACCUUGAAUUGGAAGUGACCUCCAGUGAUCUGUGUAGUCUCAACACCUCUCCCUCCCCCCCAAAAGCCACUCCUUUGCAUUGGAGUGGAGCAAAUGUUGUAGACCUUACUUUGGAAAGACCUGGGGGGGUCCUCAUGUUGCUGGCAGCCUCGGUCACAUGAACCACAGCUAUCUUUAGAAGAGGGUAUUUAUAUGACAGAGUUUGCAGCUUCUUAGCUACUCAGACAGAUACAGGAAGAUAGAAAUCACACCCACCAUGACAUAUAUGAAGAGCCCUCUGAUCUCUGCAGAGCACUUGCCGACAAUGGACUAGGCAGUGCAAGAGCUCCCGUGGCGACACGGGAGUAAGCCUUGGCUGGGCCAUGCAGCCCCCGCUGGAUGAAAGGGUGCGGAUCCAGGUGGAAGAGGAGUUUUUCUCGGUGGACAAGGUUCUCCUGGUGGAGAAUAGCGAAUACUUCCGGGCGCUCUUCCAAUCUGGCAUGAGAGAGAGCACCCAGAAGGAGAUCCAGAUCAGAGAUCUGAGCGCCACAGGCUUCGCCGUCAUGCUGAAGGUCCUGGAAGGGGAGCACCCGAUCCUGAGCUGCGAGGAGAACCUCAGGGCAGUGGAGUGUGCCUCGUUCCUGCAGGUCAAGACCCUGGCCAAGUACUUGAUGUCCUCCAUCAAUACAGACAAUUGCAUUCUGCUCUACCAGGCAGCCGCCAUCUUUGGCCUCUUGGAUCUCUUCCAUUGUGCAGCACUGUACAUACGAGACAGUUACUCGGACCUGGAGGAGUACCUCGACUGCCUCUCUCCAGACCUUCUGGAUUAUGUGGAGUCCAUCAUCCCCAGCACGUUUGUGGCAGUAGGGGCUCACACGCCCACCUUUGAGUUCUUGGAGGACCUGUCAAGAACUGUUUGCUACCUGGACGAGGAAGGUAACACCUGGAGGACACUUUCCUGCUUACCGCUGACGGCCAGCACGUUCCUAGCCGGCAUAGCCACCUUGGAUAACAAGAUUUACAUUGUGGGCGGGGUCUACGGUUACAAUAAGGACAUUGUGAACCGGAGUUUUUGCUACGACCCGAUGGCCAACGUCUGGAGCGAGUUCCCUGGGCCCCAGCAGCUGCGCUAUGACUUCACACUGACAGCCCAAGAGAACAGUCUCUACGCCAUAGGUGGGGAGUUUGGGAAGGCCGCCCUGAAGUCGGUGGAGAAGUAUGACAUCUCCACCAACACCUGGAGAUUUGUUUCUGACCUCCCCCAGCCAACCACAGCGGUGCCCUGCGCCCAAGCGAUGGGGCGCAUCUUCGUCUGCUUGUGGAAGCCUCUCGACACCACCAUGAUCUACGAGUACAAGCCUCAGAAAGAUGAGUGGCAUCCCAUCUCCACCCUCAACAGGCCUCAGAGCUACGGCCACUGCAUGGUGGCGCACCGGGACAACCUCUACAUUGUGCGGAACGGGCCUUUCGACGACUUCCUGCGCUGCAUGAUGGAUUGCUUCAACCUGACCACGAUGCAGUGGACAUCUCUACCGGGGCAGUACGUGAACAGCAAAGGGGCCCUCUUCACGGCUGUCAUCAAAGGGGACACAGUCUACACGGUCAACAAGAUGCUCACUCUGAUGUAUACCAUAGAGGGGAACACAUGGAAAUCCAAAAAGCAGAAAGCUGGUUUUCCAAGGGCUGGUUCUUUGCAAACCUUCCUCCUCAGGCUUCCAAAGAAAGACCACAGCAUCGCAACUUAGAGAGCCGGUCUCUGCUAGAUGAAUUUCUCAGGGACCCACGUUGCCUUCCUUCUAUGCCAGAUGUCCCGCAAUGCUACCAAAUUUAAACCCAAAGGUUGUAAAAUCACCCCAGCUUUCAGUCGACACUCUCUGCAGCUUCUGGGCCAGCAACAUUUCAAGGCAGGAACCUCAGGGCUAGCUUGCACCAGAACCAACUGUAACACAGCUCUCUGCUCUUCCAACUUCAGCUGGGCUUGUGGUUCUGUGGGCCUCAAGCAAUAUGGUUUCUGCAGACUUAUUUGUCAUACCAAACUGGGCCAAGUAGAAGGGGGGCAGCAAGUGGCAACCAGCAAGCAGGAGGAGCCAGUCACUGGCAGGAAGCCAGCAGCACUAGGAGGAGAUUUAUGCACUGAGGGGGUCAUGUUCAUUUUGGCCUACGCCCAGCUGAGUGGCGGAAUCUACCUCUCACGGAGCAAGCUGGCAGUACAUCACGCCAUUCAAAGUUCAAAUUAGCAAUUUAUUAGCACAAACCCGACUGAGUGUCAGGCCUAAUAAG